UGGUUUUUCCUCCCUCUCGAAGGAAGCAUUCCUCGCCACUCUCUCUCCAUAUGCUGCCCGCCACCGCCACCGCCUCCGCCGCGCCGCCGCCGCCGCCGCCGUUGCCGGCGUCCCCCGGCGGCGAGCCGCACGCCGCCCUGCUCCUGUCCCUGGCCUACCUGCCGCUGCGCGAGCUGCUGUCCUGCGCGGGCGCGUGCCGCCGCCUCCGCGACGCCGUCGCGGGGGACCCGCUCCUGUGGCGGCGCGUCGCGGUGGCGGCGCCGCCGCUCGCCCGCCGGCUCACCGACGAGGCGCUCCUCGCGCUGACGGGGAGGGCGGGGGGGACGCUCCGGUCCCUCCGCCUCCUCGGGUGCACCCGCGUCUCCGACGCCGGCCUGCUCCGCGUCGUCGAGCGAAACCCUGGCAUCACCGAGCUCUAUAUGCCCAGAUGUACAGGCUUGACUGCUGAAGGUGUGGUGAAGAUUGUCCAGGUUCUUUAUGAAUGCAAGGGGAAUCUAAACCGCAUUCGACUCCAUGGUAUUUGCAGGAUGACUAAGCAUCAUCUUGAUGCUAUCAGUUCUGCCAUGUGCAAGGGUAACCAACAAGAAGAUGAUCAAUCACUUUUCUAUAGCCACAGAGUCCAUGAAGUGCUCAACACCAACGAUGAACGCCGUAUUGAUGUUGAUGUGUGCCCUAUGUGCACAAAUGUGAGGCUGGUGUUUGAUUGUACAAGGGAUGGCUGUAGGAGAAAGGAUAGUUGGGCUCAAUGUCGAGGCUGCUUCUUCUGUGUUGCCCGAUGCGAAACAUGCGGUGGGUGCAUCGACUUGGAGGAGCUCAGCGAGACUGAACUUGCAUGCUCGGACUUCCUGUGCAUGGAGUGCUGGCUUCCGCUCCCGAAAUGUAGCACUUGCAAUCGGCCCUACUGCAAGAGGCAUGAAAAUCUGAAGGUAGAUUUAUCACCAUCUGGCCAGUUUACUUGUCAUCGUUGCGUGGAAUUUUCUAGUAACUCACGCGAGAACCUGGAAGAAAGUUCUUAGAGGUGAGUUCCUGCCCCUCUACAGGAAAUACAAGUUGUCGAGUAUACUUGGGUAUGAAACUACUGUCUGUGUACCAGUACUUGCUGAUGACUUUUACUUAAAGCGUCAAAUGUACUAGACUAACUAACUGAGUGUACUGGAAAUCUAGGAUUCUGAAUUAUUUAUUGAUCACGUCAAAUUUAGCGGGUGCAGACUUCAUGGACUUGUGCAACUUGUCUGAAACUCUGAAUAACACUGAAACAGUCCAUUGCCCUCAAGUCCCAUAUGCCUAUGGAAUGUGUUUAACCUUCCAGGCUUCCAGCUCAGAAUGUGCUCAGCAUGACAGACUGAAGGACACCGUUAUUAACCGCCAUUUGUCAUUUUGGAGCGUGCUGUACUCUGUCUGGCUGCCAUUUGCGCCUAUAAUUUCAGAAUUCAAAUGAUACUCCUGCAAGAAAUGCUACUCGACUGGAAUACCUUCCAUCAUCUGUUCAUCUUUUACAGGAAGAAGAUACCUGUCCCUGUACUAUUUCGAAUCCGAGUCUAAAUUUGAGUAGUCAAUUGAGGGUUUAGAUCAUGUUUUGCGAUAAACUUGUACAAUAUUGAAAUACUCGACAGUUGAUAGCACUUUGCUUUCCAAAA